GUUUUACUCACAAGGCAGGUUGGGCCAGCUGGUUAGGAUUUCCUUGCUGGGGAGCUGGGGAGAGUGCUACCCGGUGGGGUCUAGGGCAGUGCCUCCGUGGUGAAGAGAGAAGUUUUUAAAUGUCUGCCUUCCUAAAACUACUCUCCCUGCAUCUCAGAAGCACCCAGCUGGUGUGUAUCCUCCAGAAUAGCAAUCCAGUUAUUUGUCUCCCUAUUCUCUGAUAUAUUUAUAAAGUAAUGAAUGGUCCAUUAACUAAGUUAGGGCCUCUGUCUUUCUACAGCCACCUCUUCACAUGCACCCCUCAGCAAGAGGUUGUUGACGUGGGCUGCAGCCUUCCAGCCUCAAUUCCCUCCCUUCACCACCUCCCCUACUCUUCUCCCUCUCCCGCCCCUCCCCGGGUUAUUUGGGAGAUUAGAGUUCAUUAAUUAAAUCCUGUGCUUAGAUCGAACUGUAACAUUAUUCCAAUCACAUUUAUCUUGCAGGCGGCGGACGAGAUGGCAGCCUCGCUGGAAACGCGCGGGGGAGCUUGAGAUCGCAGCCCCAGACGCACAGCGCUGCGCACUCCCUAUCCUCCCGAUCGGCGCCGAAGCGCAGACCCUCCAUCUUCCUGCUCAGCUUCCCCGCUCGCUCACCCCAGCCUUGAGGGUCCCAUUUCUCUCUGGGGCCCUGGCCCACCCCCACACCUCCUCCUGCCUCUGUGGCUCCCCGACCCGGUCCCCUCCCCCCAGCCCCGCCACACACGCUGACACGCGCGAGAACACACACGCCUGACACGCCAGCGAGCUGCUGGCUGCUCAAUGGACCGAUUUCCCCGCUGUUCCUGAUCCUAGCCCAGCCCAGCCCGGGAUGAGAAAUUGCAAAAUGGCCCGGGUCGCCAGUGUGCUGGGGCUGGUCAUGCUCAGUGUUGCCCUGCUGAUUUUAUCGCUCAUCAGCUACGUAUCCCUGAAAAAGGAGAACAUCUUCACCACUUCCAAGUACGCCAGCCCGGGGGCGCCCCGAAUGUACAUGCUCCACGCGGGAUUCCGGUCACAAUUUGCGCUGAAGUUUCUAAAUCCGUCAUUUGUGCCCAUUACGAAUUCUCUGGCCCACGAUCUUCAAGACAAACCUUCUAAGUGGACAUUUAAUCGGACAGCGUUUUUACAUCAAAGGCAAGAAAUUCUUCAGCAUGUCGAUGUAAUAAAAAAUUUUUCUUUGACCAAGAAUAGUGUUCGGAUCGGACAACUGAUGCACUAUGAUUAUUCCAACCAUAAAUAUGUUUUCUCUAUUAGCAAUAACUUCCGAUCACUGCUUCCAGAUGUGUCACCCAUUGUGAAUAAGCAUUAUAAUGUCUGUGCUGUGGUUGGAAAUAGUGGGAUCCUGACAGGGAGCCGGUGUGGACAAGAAAUAGAUAAGUCAGAUUUUGUUUUCCGUUGCAAUUUCGCCCCUACGGAGGCUUUCCAAAGAGAUGUUGGAAGGAAAACCAACCUUACCACCUUCAACCCCAGCAUCCUGGAAAAAUAUUACAACAAUCUUUUGACCAUUCAGGACCGUAACAACUUUUUCCUCAGUUUAAAAAAGCUCGAUGGGGCCAUUCUUUGGAUCCCUGCAUUUUUCUUCCACACUUCAGCAACUGUUACCAGGACAUUAGUUGACUUUUUUGUUGAACACAGAGGUCAGUUAAAAGUCCAAUUGGCUUGGCCUGGGAAUAUAAUGCAACAUGUCAACAGGUACUGGAAAAACAAACAUUUGUCGCCCAAACGGCUGAGCACAGGUAUUCUUAUGUACACCCUUGCAUCAGCAAUAUGUGAAGAGAUCCACUUGUAUGGAUUUUGGCCUUUUGGAUUUGACCCCAACACAAGGGAAGAUCUUCCAUACCAUUACUAUGACAAAAAAGGAACCAAAUUUACCACCAAGUGGCAGGAGUCCCACCAGCUGCCUGCUGAGUUUCAACUGCUGUACCGAAUGCAUGGGGAAGGGCUCACCAAGCUGACUCUGUCACACUGUGCCUAAGAACUCCAAACAGAAAGUGCCAAAUGGUGGUUUAAAAAGUGCCCCAAAUCAAAUUGAGUAGUCAUCAGAAUAGAACCCUAGAGAAUUUCUUCUAAGGACUGUCUGCCAUUUAAAACGAAAGAUGUCUCCUCUCCCUCUGUUGCACUGCUCUCUUAAGGGUCUUAGCAGGACAGAUGCAUUGAAGCCACAUGAUUAAAACUUGAAUGAUAAAUGGAAUGUUGCAUUUGGAACCAUGCUGCUAACAAAUGGUUUGACGUAUUUUCCUGUUUGUAUUUUAAUAAUAAACUGCCUCCCAUUUUUAUGAGGACUGGAGCU